UAGAGGUUCUAAAGCCCCUAGGCCGUGGGCACACGUGGGUGACGUUAGGGCCGGCCCUCUCCAGGGUCCCUUUUGUUGAACUAUCAAACAUAAGCCAGCUCCUGAGGGCUUCAGAACAGUGUUAAGACCACUGUGUACUGCGCAAGUCUCUGGAGCAUCGCCAUCAGUGUGGUAUCACACCAUCAGCAUCAUACGCAGCCAGGAGCUAUCAUGUCGAGAUCUUUCUACGUAGACUCUUUGAUUAUCAAGGAUCCUGCGCGCCCUGCUUUGAGCGAGCACACGGGUCAGGACUUUCUCAUCCCUUUUAGCAUGCACUCUCCCGGCGUCAUGAGCGUUACUGCACCCGUUUGUUCGUCCAGGAAGACGGGCACCUUCUGUGUGUGUCCACUCUGCGUCACCUCGCAUAUCCACUCUUCCCGGGCCGGAAUCCCUUUACUGAAGGGACAGGGCUUCUCCGCCGGUGAGGCGAAUUUCUGUCAGAGGUUGGCACACCAACAGAGUACCGUGAUAGCGCACCCGGGACACGGACACGCGCCUGUCUGCACGCCCACAAGUUACGGCGUCACGGACCCUCGGAGGUAUCACUGCCUCUCUCUAGCCGCGUCUGAUAACAGCCACAUACAGAACGGCAAACGGAUGCGCACCGCCUUUACCAGCACCCAGCUUCUCGAGUUGGAGCGUGAAUUUUCGUCUAACAUGUACCUUUCGCGCUUACGCAGGAUUGAAAUAGCCACAUAUCUAAACCUGUCAGAGAAGCAGGUGAAAAUAUGGUUCCAAAACCGCCGCGUUAAACACAAGAAAGAAGGAAAGGGUACGCAAAGGAGCGCGCACGCAGGAUGCAAAUGCUCAGGCAACCACACACAUUAUCCGCGCUCAGAAGAUGAAGAAUCCCUGUCACCUGUCUCAGCCUCAGAGGAGAAAGAGACUUCACCAAUCUAGGGGAGACAUAAAAUCACAGACCUAAAUUGGUACCCAUAUAGCACAUUGAAAUGUAGGAUCCGUUAAAACGGCUCAAUUUGUGGAACAGUUUAUGUAUAACUCUGAGAUAUGGAGGUCAAUUUUUCCCUUUUCCCUCUGAAAUAAUUGUUUGACCGUGGCACUGAAGAUAUUUAAAUGUCGUCUUGUCUUGCUGCAUUAUAAAGCAAACUGUGAAAUAAUAACUGAGUGAUAAUGUGUAAAUAGAGUUUUUUAUGUUGAAGGUGUUUUUAAAAAAGCGAGCUGUCAACCUUGUUUUUAAGGAUGUUGGACAUGUUUAUGGGGACAUAAAACACCCUUUGUUUUAUAUUGUAAAUAUGCAGACUGUUAAUCCAAUGUGUCCUAGACUACUGAGCAUUUUUUUCACCUGAAUUUUAUGUGCAUAUUAAAGAAAAUGUGUAUAUUUGUAUUUAUUUAAAUAAACAAAUAAAAUAACG